GGACAAACACUCACCAUAGCACUUAACCACUUUAAAAGAGUUGUGCCUUCUAUUCCUAGUUACAUUUUUGUGGCAAAGUUACAGAAAAACAAAGAAAAAAAAAACAUGGCAGGAAAGAAAAUCCCAGAUGUGUUGCUGAACUCUGGUCACAAAAUGCCAGUUAUUGGCAUGGGAACUUCAGUGGAAAAUCGUCCAUCAAAUGACACCCUUUCUUCUAUCUUUGUUGAUGCCAUUGAAGUGGGUUACCGUCAUUUUGAUAGUGCUUCUGUUUAUGGAACAGAGGAAGCUAUAGGCCUAGCUGUGGCCAAAGCUAUAGAACUUGGCCUUAUAAAGAGUAGAGAUGAAGUUUUCAUCACUUCAAAGCCAUGGAACACAGAUGCACAUCAUGAUCUUAUUGUCCCAGCUCUCAAGACCACAUUAAAAAAGCUGAAUAUGGAGUAUGUGGAUCUUUAUCUGAUUCAUUGGCCAGUGAGGCUGAGGCAUGAUCUUGAAAACCCAACAAUUUUUUCCAAAGAAGAUUUAUUGCCCUUUGAUAUAGAAGGGACGUGGAAAGCCAUGGAAGAGUGUUACAAGUUGGGCUUAGCAAAGUCUAUUGGCAUAUGCAAUUAUGGUACCAAAAAACUCACCAAACUCCUUGAAAUAGCCACAAUCCCUCCUGCAGUUAAUCAGGUGGAAAUGAACCCAUCAUGGCAGCAAGGGAAACUAAGGGAGUUCUGCAAACAGAAAGGGAUUCAUGUUAGUGCUUGGUCAUCACUUGGAGCUUAUAAGAUAUUUUGGGGUUCAGGAGCAGUCAUGGAGAAUCAAAUCCUCCAUGACAUAGCAAAGGCAAAAGGGAAGACCAUAGCUCAGGUUGCACUUAGAUGGGUGUACCAACAAGGGUCAAGUGCCAUGGCUAAGAGCUUCAAUAAGGAGAGGAUGAAACAGAACCUUGAAAUAUUUGAUUUUGAGCUGAGUGAAGAAGAAUUAGAGAAGAUUAAACAGAUUCCACAGCAAAGGCAAUUCACAGGGGACAUGUGGCUAUCUGAAAAUGGAUCAUGCAAGACCUUGGAAGAACUUUGGGAUGGUGAUGUUUGAAAAUUUCUUCAAAAGUUCAAACUAUAUUAUUGGAUAUUAAUUAGGUAAAUAAACUUUAAGAUAUGAAUUCCAUGUUAUUAGCUUGUCUUAUAUUAAUUAGGUAAAUAAACUAUAUUAUUGGAUUAGCAUUAGCAAUCAUGGUUGGCUCUGAAUUCAUAUUUAGACCAAGCUAACCUUAGUACUUGCUUUACAAAUGUCCUUGAUUGAAACCUUGUGUAGCGAGUGAUUUAGAGUUGAAUAAGAGUAUGACAUUGAUGUAGAGCAUUGAGGUUUGGUGUUGCAUGUGUCACUCAAAUGUAACGUUUUGGUUAUGUGGCUGCAUUGUCAUGCGCCACGCUUCAAAGGUGUGAAAUCUCUGUGGCUCUGCCAUAUUCGUUCCAACUCCAAAUAAAACAAAAUACUCUUAAUGCAUA